UAUCUCCGUGUGAUUCUGGACCAUGUGAAAAUGGAGGUGAAUGUUCAAAUGUUGGAAAUUCCUUCAAGUGUAAAUGUCCUUCUGGUUAUAAAGGAAAAAGAUGUCAGGAAAUAGGUACGAUUACGGCACCGUAUCUGUUGCACAUUGCUAUUAAUUGAUAUACCCUUUGUAUUCCUUUAACCAAAAUUGUGAAAAAAUGUUUUAGUAUCUCCGUGUGAUUCUGGACCAUGUGAAAAUGAAGGUGAAUGUUCAAAUGUUGGAGAUUCAUUCCAGUGUUCAUGUCCUUCUGGUUAUAAAGGAAAAAGAUGUCAGGAAAUAGGUACGAUUGCGGCACUGUAUCGCUGUUGCACAUUGCUAUUAAUUGAUACCCUUCGUAAUCCUUUAACCAAAAUUGUGAAAAUAUGUUUUAGUGUCUCCGUGUGAUUCUGGACUAUGUAAAAAUGGAGGUGAAUGUUCAAAUGUUGGAAAUUCCUUCGAGUGUUCAUGUCCUUCUGGUUAUAAAGGAAAAAGAUGUCAAGAAAUAGGUACGAUUACGGCACCGUAUCUGUUGGACAUUGCUAUUAAUUGAUACCCUUUUGUAAUCCUUUAAGCAAAAUUGUGAAAAUAUGUUUUAGUAUCUCCGUGUGAUUCUGGACCAUGUGAAAAUGGAGGUGAAUGUUCAAAUGUUGGAAAUUCCUUCGAGUGUUCAUGUCCUUCUGGUUAUAAAGGAAAAAGAUGUCAGGAAAUAGGUACAAUUACGGCACCGUAUCUGUUGCACAUUGCUAUUAAUUGAUAUACCCUUUGUAUUCCUUUAACCAAAAUUGUGAAAAAAUGUUUUAGUAUCUCCGUGUGAUUCUGGACCAUGUGAAAAUGAAGGUGAAUGUUCAAAUGUUGGAGAUUCAUUCGAGUGUUCAUGUCCUUCUGGUUAUAAAGGAAAAAGAUGUCAGGAAAUAGGUACGAUUGCGGCACUGUAUCGCUGUUGCACAUUGCUAUUAAUUGAUACCCUUCGUAAUCCUUUAACCAAAAUUGUGAAAAUAUGUUUUAGUGUCUCCGUGUGAUUCUGGACUAUGUAAAAAUGGAGGUGAAUGUUCAAAUGUUGGAAAUUCCUUCGAGUGUUCAUGUCCUUCUGGUUAUAAAGGAAAAAGAUGUCAAGAAAUAGGUACGAUUACGGCAACGUAUCUGUUGCACAUUGCUAUUAAUUGAUACCCUUCGUAAUCCUUUAAAUAACCAAAAUUGUGAAAAAAUAUUUUAGUAUCUCCGUGUGAUUCUGGACCAUGUGAAAAUGAAGGUGAAUGUUCAAAUGUUGGAAAUUCCUUCCAGUGUAACUGUUCAUCUGGUUACAAAGGAAAAAGAUGUCAGGAAAUAGGUGCGAUUACGGCACCGUAUCUGUUGCACAUUGCUAUUAAUUGAUACACCCUUUGUAUUCCUUUAACCAAAAUUGUAAAAAAAUGUUUUAGUAUCUCCGUGUGAUUCUGGACCAUGUGAAAAUGAAGGUGAAUGUUCAAAUGUUGGAAAUUCCUUCCAGUGUAAAUGUUCAUCUGGUUACAAAGGAAAACGAUGUCAGAAUAAAGGUAUUGGAAGCAAGUUGCAUAAUAAUGUUAUUAUAUACUUGUAUAUACAAAGCAAUGGUACUCACUUUGUAUGGAAUUAACCGAUAUAUGGGAUGAAAAGACGGUUGAAGAUACGGCUGGUACUGAGUUACAUCAUUAAAUCGCAAUGAACCACAGGCGAAACUUUUUAUAACAGUUUCAAAAACUCAUCAAAAAUUCAUGAGGAAAACACAAAGAAAAAUCAUAAGCGUGUCGCAUCUUUAUAUGUGUGAUAGAGAUUUCCCUUGAUUUGCAUAAACUUUAACUUUGAUUUUCUCGACUUACACAACGUAUUCUUUGUUAAUUACUUUGCCAAUGAACUUACUAGAUCGAUCGUUUUUGAAGCAACUAUUAAAUGAUUUAUCAGACCUAAAGAAACUCGGCUUAUAUCGGAUAAAACACUGCUGCUCAUGUUUUAAAUAGUACAUGCAUAAAGAUUAAAACGAAAAAUUUUUGUGUUAAAAAUGACUUUUGAACAAACUUAAAGCAGGGCGCUAUAAAGCUUAAAGCGAUCACAUAGGGCAUUUAUUUAAACAUUUAUUUAAACAUUUUUUAUAAUUAAAGAAAUAACACGCUUUAAGGAAAGUUGCAUGACAAUUUUAUGUACUAUUUAAAAAACGAGCAGGAGUGUUUUAUUAGGUUUAAAGCCACGAGCGCGCAGCGCGAGUGGCUUUAGACCUAAUAAAACACGACCAGCGAGUUUUUUAAAUGGCUUCAAAAACGUUUGCAUAAUAAGUCAAAUCUUUAUAUAAAAUCUUUAUAUAAAAAUCUUUAUAUAAAAAUCUUUAUAUAAAAAUCUUUAUAUAAAAAUCUUUAUAUAGUUUGCAUAACAAUGGGCUUUUGUUAAAGUGUUCUUUAGUUGGUAUAAAGACGUAUGCACGUGACUAAUUUCUUACUCAAGAUUGGAUAAUUGCUUCAUGAAUUAUUAAUGAGUUUUUGAAGUACUAUUUAAAAAACGAGCAGGAGUGUUUUAUUAGGUUUAAAGCCACGAGCGCGCAGCGCGAGUGGCUUUAGACCUGAUAAAACACGACCUGCGAGUUUUUUAAAUGGCUUCAAAAACGUUUCCAUAAUAAGUCAAAUCUUUAUAUAAAAAUCUUUAUAUAAAAAUCUUUAUAUAAAAUGUUCUUUAGCUGGUAUAAAGACGUAUGCACGUGACUAAUUUCUUACUCAAGAUUGGAUAAUUGCUUCAUGAAUUAUUAAUGAGUUUUUGAAGCCUUUACACAAACCUCUUUUACAAUUUAUAAAACGUACUUCAUAUACAUGUUCAAUUAAAACAUGAUCUACUGAUACCUAGUGAGAUUUUCAUUGCGGAAAAUUGACCAUGUCCUUCCUUACACUUGGUAAUGUGUAAUUUUGUUUUUGAAAAAUUGUAGUAUCCAAUUCCGGCAAUUCGCACUAAAAGUCAUGUAUUACGUGUACUAAUGAUGCACGGGACAAUAUUUUAUAUACACAAUCCUGGAUAUAUCGUUUAUUAAAAAUAUGUACUGACUCUGUAACUGACUCAAUUUUUGAUAAACAUUUGGAAUCUACCAAUGAAUAAAUCAAAUUCACUAACGCCCUAAUAACAUCCCUAUUAUGAUAAUGGUGGGAAAUCGUUUGAAGAGGGAGGAUUGGCUCAGUCAGCCCGGACCGUACUAUGAAAGGAAAAAUUACAAAACUUUGCAGUCGCUCCGUUAAUAGACGAUUCCCCUUAUUACGUUUUCGUAGCGCUUUGCAUUGUGGUUAUAAUAGCGGCCUCGAAUGGAAAUAUUGAAUGUUUUCACGAAUAUUUUGCUGUGAAUAUCGCGCACCUGACCCUAGCUUUUUUAAAAAGUUCUUGCACGGGUCAGGACAAAAAAUAAGCCAUCUUGAAUAUCAGUGAUAGCACUAUAACCACAAUGCAAAGCGCUACGAAAACGUAAUAAGGGGAAUCGUCUAUUGAGCAAGUGAAGCAAAUCAGGCUUCAAAAAUAAUUUCUUAACUGUUUCACACAAAAAAGAUUUAAAGUUUUAUGCAUAACUUAAAAGUACCUUGAAAAUGAUGAAGAAUGGCCUGAACAAUUUAUUCACAGCUCAUCUCGUUCCAAAGUUAUCGAGCAUUUUGUAUUUUUGUGUUGUGACGUCACCAGUUGUACUCGAGAUGGCAGCAAAAGAAGAACGUCUAAUAUCUCAGAAGUGAUUCAACGAAAUUGAAUGUAAUUUGGUAGCCUACAGUUGGUAAGUGCGUCUAACAAAACAUUUUUCGGGAACGUUUAUACGGUUGUCAUAGUAAUACACUGGUUAUCAGGUCUCCCCUUCUUAUUUUAGUCAUGUCUAAAAACGAUGAUAAUAUUAAAUGAAAAUCACAAAAACGCCUGUCUUUUUUGUUGGAAGCAAAGAAUUGGACAAAUAGGACAAGAGAGUCCUGGUGACUAGUGUAUUACUGUGACAACCAUACCAUAGAAACGUUUCAAAAUGUUUGCUCAGGUGCACUUACUCACUACCAAUUUCAUUAAAUUUCGUUGAAUUUCUGGGAUAUUAGACUUUCGUCUUUUUGCUGCCAUCUUUAGCACAACCAUAGUGACGUGAUACCACAAAUAUUAUACAAUUACUUUAUGGUUUCCCUGUUUGGAUGGCAAUGUUGCGAGAGUUAAGAAAAGUACGCGAAACACGAGACGAAGGCGAGUGAUUUUGCUCGCUUUUCUUAACUCGAGCAACAUUCCCAAGUGUUUGGAUCAGGCCAUCCAAACACGGAAACAAUAAAGUAAUUGUUUUAUAAAAUAACAACUUUCCGUUUUAAAAUUUCACUUUAAAUAACUUUGAAAUUAAAUUUCCGUGUUUCGAUUACCUGAUCCAAACACGGGUUUCGACCAAUCACAGCAGGCGUUAUUUACAUGUUAUUUUAUAAACAAAAUUCCUGAUAACUUGGGAAGAAGAUGAGCUGUGAAUAAAUUGUUAAGGCCAUUCUUCAUCAUUUCAAGGUACUUUCAAGUGAUGCCGUAAUACAUGCGCACUUUAAGUACUAGAUAAAACAUGAGCAGCCGAUCUGCAUCUGAUAUACAAACUCGAGCCGAAACGUGCUUAAAAAAUGACCCAUCUUAUGAGUUCAUUGGCAAAGUAAUUUUAAAAAUAAACAUUGUCUAAGCCGAGAAAAUCAAAGCUGAAGUUUAUGUAAAUCAAGACAAAUCUUUAUCCGAUUUACAAACAUUGAUUAAACAUUCAUUUCUUUUGUAUUUUCCACGUGAAUUAUUAAUGAUUUUUUUUAAGAUCAAAUACAGAUAUGUGAUUUGAUCUAAUAUCAUAUACCGCAAAUGUAUUGUAUAGCCUAUAUUGACGGGAAAUAGACAUUGUUCCAAUGUCCUAACACAUGUAAAUCCUGCUAGUGAUAAGAACUUGUAUCUGAGUACUAUAUGUACUGUGACAAAUAUACAUAGAUAUCUUAUAUAUAUACACUAGAUAGCGCACCUCUUUUAGUAAAAUAGAAGCCAAGAAUAUUCCAGCGGUUACCCCCAUUUGAAUAGAUGGCGGUCAUGUUGCGUUUCCCACUCGUUUCCCGCUAAUAAACGCUUAAAAAACGACAAUAACUUUCAUCAUUUGAAUAGUUUGAAAAUGUAUUUGGAAUAGGUUUAACUUAAUGUUUAAGUUCCCUGUUUAAGAAAUAGAAAAUAUACGAGUCUUCUCAUUUCAUGGGAAUAUCCUGAGUCUGCAAUCACGGCUUCAAUUUUUGAAUUGCAGAAUAAUUAGAUGCACUAUCUAGUGUAUAUAAGAUAUCUAUGGACAAAUACUCAGUACAACUUUACUGAUCAAUAUUCUCCUCAAUAUAAAGUUUUGUAAAUAUAUCAAGAGCCCUCACACAUACUAUUAGCUAAUUAUUGCUCUAGUAGGACAAUCCUUCAAUAAUAUUAAAACUGCUUAUCUGAAAGACAAAAUCGCCAAUUCAUACAACAUAUGACUUUGUGAACAAAACGCAACAGGCUACACCCACAAUACAAAAUGAAACUUGGAUGUUUUCUCAUUUCAGUCGUAGCAGUAUGUUCAGCAACAGGUGAUCCUCAUUACAAAACAUUUGAUGGAAGACGUUACAACUUCAUGGGAAAAUGUGAGUACGUCUUGGCCAAGGACUCAAACGAAACGUUUAUGAUUCUACAGGAUAGUGAACCUUGUGGUAGGGGAAAAGCGACAUGUACAAAUGCUAUCACGGUAAACAUACAAGGAACGAUAAUAUACCUGAGAAGAGGAGAAAAUGUGUUGGUCAAUGGUGCAAAUGUAACAUUGCCAUAUUCAAACCAAGGUAUGCAUGGAAAUGAUAUUAUACGAUAUUAA